AUGUCUCCCUCCCCUGCAGCCCAGCAGGCCGAGCUCAUUUCCCACCAGCUCCACGAGAUCCAGCGGCUGGAGGCGGAGCUAGCUGGGCUCCGAGCUGCCGCCCUCCAGCAGGAGGCCACAGUGGCCGCCAGGGAGAGCACCGUGGCCUGCCUGCAGGGGGAGCUGGAGCAGCUGAGGGGGAGGAGCCAGGCUGAGGGGGAGGCCCUGAGGGCGGAGCUAGAGGAGCAGAAGAGGCGUGGCCAGGCAGAAGUUACUGCCCUGAAGGCGGAGUUGGAAGAGCUGAGGAGGUGUGGCCAAGCAGAAACGAAUGCCUUGAGGGCGGAGCUAGAGGAGCAGAGGAGGCGUGGCCAAGCAGAAGCCGACACCCUGAGGGCGGAGCUGGAGGUGGCCGCUGAGCAGCACCAGCAGGAGCUGCUCUCCCGUCUCUGCCAGGCCCAUGGGGCUGAAGUCGGCUCCCUGUGGCAGCGGGCCCUGCAACUAGAGCAGGAGCUGGAGGCGAGGGGACGGGAGCACCAGAGCCUGCUGGAGCAGCUCAGCACGGCCCAGGUGGAGCUGGCCUCCCAGCAGGCCCUGCUGCAGCAGCUGCGGACCUACGUGGGGGAGCAGGGGAGCGGGCUGGGCCCCGAGAGGCAGCAGCUGCUCGGCCAGAUGCAGUGCCUAGAAGGGGAGCGCGACGCCCUGAGGACGACGGCGGAGCUGCUGCAGCUCAGACUGGCCUUGCUCAGCGACAUCCUGGCCCUGCAGGAGCUGGAGCUGACCAGGAAGCCCUGUGACCCCCUGCAGCCCGAGCCGGCCCAGAAGAGCCAGUCCCUGCUGAGCCGCUGGCGGGAGAAGGUCUUUGCCCUCAUGGUGCAGCUCAGAUCCCAGGAGCUCGGCCACGCGGACGCCACCAACCUGCUCCAGAGGAAGGUCUCAGAGCUGCAGGGUGAAGUGGAGUCGAGGGACCAGAAGGUGGCGCUGCUGCUUCACAGUCUUCAGGACAAGGCAGCUGAGGCCGAUAUGGAACGAGUGAACAACAAGAGGCUCCGGGCCGAGCUGUCUCACCAGGAGGACUCAGGGCAGCGUCUCCAGCGCCGGGCGGAAGCAGCCGAGGGCUCCUUGCAGGGUCUUGUGGAGAUCGUGAGCAGGCUCCACCAGCAGGUUGGGGGGCAGGAGGCGGAGUUGAAGGCAGCUGCAUUGAACCUGGCGGGGCUGGGAAACCGAGUCACCUUCGCCGCCAAGAGAGUCGACACCAUCCAAGGGCUGGUGUCUUGUAAAGUGGCCAUGGCUCGACUGCAGAGAGACGAGCAGCCCAAGGCCGCUGGGUCAGAGAAUGACGGCCUGUCCCACGAGGCUCUCCGGGCCGAGCUGGCCCUGCUGCACCAGGAGCAGGACCCCCUCCAGGAGAAGGUGACGGAGGUGGAGACGCGGCUGCGGCGGGAUCUCUCGGAGCUGGAGCAGCGGCUCGGCGAGGCCCGAAGGGAGCACACGAAGGCUGUGGUGGCCCUGCGCCAGGCCGAGCGCCAGGCGGCCCGGGACAGAGCCAGGAGCCAGGAGCUGGCGCGGCUGCAGGAGGAAGCCAAGCGGGAGGAGACGGGCCGGCUGGGCGCGCGGCUCCAGGCACUGGAGAGAGACAAGAACCUGCUGCUGGCCACGCUGCGGCAGGAGGGGCUCCUGGCCCAGUACAAGCGGAACCGGCUGGUGGCCCGGCGGAACCCAGGGGAGCCAGUAGGGCCCGGCCAGCAGCCACCGCCGGGGAAAGGGGGAGCCCGGCCUCCCUCCAAAGGAUCCCCACCCAGGCGGGGCUACGCCCCCCACCCCCUCACCUGCUACGAUCUCCCCCCAGAGACCCUGGCCGCGGUGCUGGACGACCUGCAGAGCCUCAGCACGGCCCUGCUGCGGGAGGAGGAGGAGGAGACGCCGCCAGGAGAGGAAGGCAGCGCUGAGGAUGAGGAGGGGCCGCCCUGA